AUGAGUUUCGGAAAGGAUUUCAGUCUUGAAGAAGACAUGUCACAGGCAGUAGAAGGCAGUGCGGCUCUCGCGUGGCGUCUCCUCGCAACCUUGGAAGGCGGUUCUCUAUUGCUGGCCACUUCGGCACUAUUAGCAUACACUGUGAGAAAUAAGAUAGUUUGCCAGAAUCGGACCAGGCGAAACAUUAGGAACGUAUUGGUUACAAACACAACUAACUUAUUAGGAAGAGAACUGAAGAGCAGGCUAGAGGCGCGUGGUUGCUUUGUGGAGACGGUGGAGCAAAUCAGCGACGUCACGGACAAUGCAAGUACUAGAACUUCGAGUUGUAUGAGAAGUAACAAAGUUGAUGCAAUCGUGGUGAUCGGCGCAGAACCUAAAACAGAAGGCCUGGACGGAAUGGCUAGUCUAGUUACUGAAGACAUUUACCAGAAUUUAAGGUUCUUAGAAUCAGUAUCGUUCCGCCUCCAUCCUGGAGGAUACAUCGCGUGGGCGUGCGCUCGCGAUAGUUCUGGUUCCCAGGGCGCUUUUAGCGACGCGGGCGCAGCCUUCGACACUGUACUCCGGGCCAGUUUACAUCACGUCGCUGAACUACAUAACUGCAAGGCGCUUUGGGUGGGCAGGCGGACGGGUGCCGCGAAGGAAACAGUGGCCGCGCUUUUCGCCUGCGCUCACGGACCAUCAGUCUAUGGAUUCUCUGUCAGAAAUGCUGCUCGCCAACUAGGAGAGUGUCUCGGCAGAUGGCUAAAGAUACUAACGUGA